UAGAGCACUAGAGGAAGCCCUCGUUUUCUCGAGCUUUCUUCGAAAUCCCGACGAAAGCUCUAGGCGGCGAUGUCAGCUCGGGUGGCGUUCGCUGCGGCUGCGGCCAUCUCUCGCUCUUCUUCUCGCGCUUCUUCUGCUAAGCUGAUCCCACACCGCGGCCUCGCCGGUGGCGGAGAUCAUCAUGGACCUCCAAAGGUUAACUUUUGGGAAGACCCAUUAAGCCCAUCAAAGUGGAAGGAAGAACAUUUUGUGCUUGUCAGCUUAAGUGGUUGGGGUUUAUUGAUUUAUGGAGGUUUCAAGCUUUUUGGUGGGAAAAAAGAAAAGAAAGAAGAGGUGGUGCCAGAUGCAAAGCAGUAGAAUGUUUUUCUUUGUAUGCUUUUUAAAAAUUUCAGUGGUCUAGAGCGGAUGGUGUGAGCAAAUAGAUAGAACAUCUUGUUUGUAACAUCAAUGAAUGCUUUGUGGACAGAAUGCCCUUCUUUUGUUUCUGCGGUUGGAUCACUUUUCUAUAAUUUGUUACUAAUAAAUCUCAUUUUUAUGUUUUUUAAA